AGAUCGUGGCGCAAAUGUAGGCGUGGGGCACGCUGUGGUCGACUUGACGGUGCGCUACAAGUCGUAAUUUUUGUCUAAAGAAAAAAUAAAAUAAAAAACGGGAUUCAGGUAUUAGAAUUCUCUACAAGUUUGAUAAUAGACAUUUUUUCGAUAUGUAUCACGAGAAAGGAGAAAACAGCAAAAAAUUCGUAUUAUUUACAUCCGCGUUCGAUAUCUCAACAACAAUCAAUGGUAGGUGAAAGAUUCAUGUAACCUAAAUUGUAGAGCGUCAAAAAAGCAACAAACAAGUCUAACCCUUUUUUUCAAGAUGGCGGAGAAAACUCAUACGAAAUCUUGGUCGACAGUUUCACGUUAAGCUUUUCUGAGCCCCCCCCUACACGAUGUACGAAAAUCAGCUUUCUCGGUUCAUUUGCAUUUAUUUGCUUUUUUUCGGAUAUAACGACCGUACUAAAACGUUACUACGGGCUCUGGGUGACUAAUUGUCGGACACCACGAUUCCCAUGUAUUCCCCAACAUAUCUACACGCAAAUCCCACUCGAACCUGCCUACAGUUGCUAUGACCACCAUACCGAAUGUUUACAUCGCUACUGUUCCUCGUUGUACUUCGUCGUCUUGGAUAGGUAUACGUAGCCAGUGCAUAAUACGGAAUAAAAAUAAAAGUCAAAUAUUGGUAAAAAGGAAAUGUUCGGUACGAUUUCGGACCACAGAAGCACAGCGAAGGCGUUCAAUUUCGAUAUGGAAUCAAAGAGUCAGGUGAAAUUUGACCAAGGUGCCGUAUCGGAGACAUUCCUGAAGAAAUCAACCAGGCGGUCGACGUUCGCUGUACCUGGAAUUUUGGCAAUUGACGGAGAUCACGAAUAUGACGAAGACGAAUCUGAGGGUGAUGGGGAAAACAAGACUCGUCAGGAAUCUGAGUACGCGGGACCGUUUGAAAUUAGUGCCGCAAUUUUGAAACAAAUACAACAAGAAUUGUGCCUCAUACAACUCAGCUGGCCAGAGAUGAAGUAUAUCGACAUAGAGGAAAAAUUUCUACCUUCAAGUUACAACAACAACAGCGACAAAGAAAAGCUUUUGCUGUGGUAUGCUGAAAAUUUUCGAAAACAAUAUCACACCAUAUACGCGGAUAGAAAACCGUUGCUCUUCGCACGCGACAACGAAUGUGGGAUACACAAGUUUGUCUCGUCGUCGAUCAGGCCGAGUACUCUGCCGUAUCCGGAAUUGUCUACAUGGCAGGGAUGCGCAAAAUUUGUCAGCGACUACCUGACGUACGAACCACCAAGAAAUCCGAUUCUCAUGGUAAGUUCUUGGCUCGAUUUCUGCCUACCAGCUUCAGUUAAUGUCCGUAUCAAUCCUAGCCUAUUCAUAGAUCUCCGCAAGUAGUCG